CCAUACUACAUGAGUAGCUACUGGAUAAGCUACGAUACGUUGGUCAUCUUGAACUGCUCAACGCCGGUUAGUUCUCCAUUCUACAUCACUACCGGUUCGUGCAUUAAGCGGCCAUACUCUUCCAACAUAUCAUCGAAUUGGAACUUGUAUGCUUUGGUCAAUCCAAAAGCAUCGUAUAUCAUGGAUUUUUGCACCAUUCACAGUUGGACGUGGGUAUCAUAUGAUUUUGGGGGUGAAGAGCAGAUAAAUAGCAGCUCCUACAACUACAACCUAAUCCACAACAUCAUGGCUGAUGGAUUCGGUCUGCGCUAUUAUGUAGAUUCAGGGAUCAAAGUUUUCAUGUGCACCUUUGAUUUCUUGAGCAUCUACUAUGGUGCCACGGGUUGCAGAACCAAUCACAUAAAUGGUCUGCUUUUUGCAAUUUGGACAACUCUCGAAUCUACAGCAUUACUAGUGUAUUUUUGUGCAGCGAAAUUCGUAAUUGGGAUGCCAUUGGUCGCCAUGUUUCUAAUCUACAAGUAUAGAAGAAGGCACUUUGCAAUGGACAAGAACGUCGAAGAAUUUUUGCAAGCUCAUAACAACUUUUUGCCGAUAAGGUACUCGUACUCGAAUAUCAAGAAGAUCACCGGAAAUUUUAAGCACAAGCUGGGUGAAGGGGGUUAUGGUUCUGUAUACAAAGGAAUGCUCAGAAGCGGCAAUGAAGUGGCCAUCAAGAUUUUGAAGCAGUCCAAAGCCCAGGGCCAAGAUUUUAUCAAUGAAAUGGCUACUAUUGGAAGAAUUCACCAUGUGAAUAUAGUGCAACUCAUUGGUUUUUGCUUUGAAGGCUCGAAACAAGCUCUCGUGUAUGAUCUCAUGCCAAAUGGAUCAUUGGACAAGCACAUCUUCACUAAGGAAUGUGAUAAGUUUCUUGAUUACGGGAAAAUAUAUGAGAUCGCUCUUGGCGUGGCAAAGGGGAUUGAAUACUUACAUCGGGGGUGUGACAUGCAAAUACUACAUUUUGAUAUCAAGCCUCACAACAUUCUUUUAGACAAGAAUUUCACUCCUAAAGUUUCUGAUUUUGGACUCGCGAAACUUUAUCCCAUCGAUAAUAGCAUAGUCUCGAUGUCUGCCGCAAGAGGAACCUUGGGAUAUAUGGCGCCCGAGUUGUUCUAUAAGAGUAUUGGUGGUGUAUCUUAUAAAUCGGAUGUCUAUAGCUUCGGGAUGUUGCUCAUGGAAAUGGCAGGUAGAAGGAAAAAUAUAAAUGCAAAUGCGGAACGGUCAAGCCAAGUUUAUUUUCCAUUGUGGGUGUAUGACCAAGUGAGUGAAGAAGAAAGUGUUGAAAUGGAAGAAGUUGUUGAAGAGGAAAGGGAGGUGAUAAAAAAGAUGAUAAUAGUUGCACUUUGGUGUAUACAAUUAAACCCUAACCAUCGGCCUCCAAUGAAUAAAGUCUUAGGAAUGCUUGAAGGAGAUAUUGGUACUAUUCAAAUGCCUCCAAAACCUCUUAUUUACCCACCAGAUGAGCCAGUUGACGAUGGCAAAGCCGAGAUGGAAGUAGAAACAUUCUCAACUUCAUCAAGCGCUCCCACAACUUCCGCUGGUUUUCCAUUAAGAGAUAGAAAUGAUGUUUAGAGGAUCACUCACACUUUGAUUGCAAAAGCUUUGUUCCCCACAGUAUAGUGUUAUAUUGGGAGGGUGUUGAGGUAAUUUAGCUUGCCAGUGAUAAGGUUUUGUCUUCUUCUUGCUCCUAAGUAACUGUUGGGUUAUUGUACUUCAUGUAUAGUAUCA